AUGGCCCCAGUAUUAAGAGGACAAGAAAAUCCUCAGGGAUUGGGUGUUGCUGAAGGCCCAGGAGGGGAGGUGUUUGUGGGGAAAUGUUAUAUAUCGGGAUUGGGAAAAGAAAUACCCCCACCACUCCUACCACUCCUGGCGGACCGCGCGAUAAAGAAGACAAUACCGGAUCUGGGGUGGGACGAAGAAGAGGCGGAAAGAAGGCACUGGAGUGAAGUGGCCGCUGACUGGAAUAUUAAUAUAGACAAUGAUGUAGUAGUAGUAGAUGAUGAAGUAGAGGAAGAAGAUUUCGCAGCGCAGAAAUAA